UACUGACCCCUUGAGGGCCCCUGUAAUCUGGACUGCGUGUCAUCGUGCUCUGCCAUAUUGCCAAUUUCCUUGUCAGUAAAGCUCUCUCUCUCUAAAGUGUGUUGAAGUAGAAAAAGUGAAAAGUGAAGCUGGGGUACUAAAACGGAAUAAACAUGAGUACACGGGCUGAUGAAGGUAUGGCAGCUGGCUUCAGUCUCCAGCUGGUGAUGACGGGAGGCCUCGUCAUGCCUGCCGGCAUCCUCCACCACAUCACGUCCAUGAAGGAGCGGAGAGUACGAGAUGAUGACAUAUUUGUGUGCACGUAUCCCAAGUCAGACAGCCGUGAUUUUGCUGGAAUAGUGCUGACUGACACGUACAUCAAUUCAGUCACUCACCGCACAUCUCUCCGUACAGGCACGCACUGGGUGUGGGAAAUGCUGAACAUGGCCGUGGCAGGAGAACCGGAGUAUGCCAAACACUGGCAGAAUUGCUCCUUCUAUGAGUCCCGGACGGAGGACGAACUUGACACCCUCCCUUCCCCCAGGAUCAUCUUCACCCAUCUUACCCCAGACUUACUACCACAAGAUAUAUGGAACCGGAAGUGUCGUGUUGUCAACGUCCAGAGAAAUCCGAAAGAUGCCGUGGUGUCCUUCUUUGUUCAACACACCAAUCAGAACUGGGUGGACAAGUCACGUGAUCCGGCCUUCGUUGGUUCCUGGGAUAAUUAUGUCGACGCCCACAUCAAGGGAAACGUGCCAUUUGAUUCUGUCAUGGAACACAGUCUUCGCUGGAACAGAUUUCCACAAGAACACCCAGAUGUUCCAUUCCUACAAGUACAGUUUGAAGAUCUCAAGAAGGACGCUGUGAGGGAGGUCCAGCGCCUGGCAGAAUUCAUCAAUCGCCCUCUCUCUGGUGAUGUGUAUGAACAAAUAGCUGAUGCAUGUAGUUUUUCUAAGCUAAAAUACGCCUCUGAAAACAUCAAAGACCAAACGUUCCACAACCGAUGGAGGGAAGGGUCAUCCGGCUACUUCAGAAAAGGAGAAACGGGUGACUGGAAGAACUGGUUUACUGUUGCGCAGAGUGAAAGGUUCGACGUGGUCUACCAGCAGUUGUACAAUCAUCCAUUUCCUUAUUGAAGCGGUUCUACAAUCCGGAGACAACCUUGUGUAUCAGAUGUUGAAAUUCAUGUUACCAUGGAUAGAGUUCAGAUUUGUCUCACCUACAAACUAAUAACAUUUGUGUUUCUAGUUUCACGACUGACCCUGAUUUGGAGCCCCGACCCUGAACCUUUUUCUUCCUCACCGACACUAAAGUUUAAUCUUUUUUCCCGUUUUCUCGCUAGUACCAUAGGGUUUUCGUAUUUUAUGCCACAGCGUUCAUUUGUUGAGCUUCACUAUAGAUAUACCAGUCAUUAACUUUAAUAUUACACCACUUAAUGUUCAUUUGAAAACAGCUUUUUUUACUGAACGACUGCAUAUUAUUGUUUUUCAAAGAAAGAAAAAUUAAAAACAAAAUAAAAAAACGACCAACCUGCCCUAUUUUAGGAUGGACUGAAAUGGAAAACACAUAUUAAUAUUUUUGCCCAAGACAUGUAUGCUCAUUGACGAAUCAGAUGUUUGUAGCUUCUUGAUGGAGUACUUUUGAAGAAAUUAAACAUAACAAUAUAGAAUAAAUGUUUAGUAUUGAA